CACAGACCCAAACUGACCACAACCAUGUGGGAAGAUGAGAACACGGCCUGUUACCAAGUUGACACAAAGAGUGUUUGUGUAGCCCGUAGACAAGAUAAUGAUAUGGUCAAUGGAACAAAACUCCUUAAUGUUGUUGGCAUGUCUCGAGGAAAACGUGACGGGAUCCUAAAGAAUGAAAAGGGCAGAGUUGUAGUCAAAGUUGGAGCCAUGCAUCUCAAAGGAGUCUGGAUUACCUUUUCAAGAGCCAAAGACCUGGCCACAAAAUUCAAGAUCUUGGAUCUGCUCUAUCCUCUGUUUGUCGAUGAC